AUGAAAGUGGCGAAAAUGAGCAAGAAAACGGUCGGGCUCAAAAAGAAGAAGGCGAUUCCGAAACGGGCGCCUUCUGAAGACGAGGCGACGUCUUCUGAUGAAGAAGUGCCGAAGUUGGACGGAGAAGGAAGUUUGGACGGGCACGAAUCGGACGAGGAGGACGACGGAACGGUGCAGGUGCAGAAGGGCGGCAUCAAGAAACACAAGCUCGACCUCGAGAAGUACAAUAUUCUUUUCAUCUUUUUCAUUUUCACAAUUUAUCUUGUAGGCUCAAACUGACGGAUCCGGAGUUCUUCAAAUUUCUUCAACAAGAAGACGCGGAUCUUUUGAAUAUGGAGGCCGAAGACGAUGACGACGACGAAGGGGAGGAUUCAGACGAGGAAGAAGAAGAGGAAUCAGAUGAAGAUGACGAUGAGGACGAUGAGGAUGAGACGAAAGUGAAGAAGAUCAAGAAGCCGAAAGCGAAAUCCGAUAGCUCCGGACGAUUGAUUGUCGAUUCGGGCGUCUAUUCGUAUUUGCAACAAGUGCUUGUGCUCGAUGAUGAGGUAGAAUGAGUGUGGAACUACAGUGAUCCCUUGGUGUUUGUAGACUCGAGCCAAACUUUCCGAAUUUAGGCUUGAGUACGCAAACACCGAUGGACAAAAGCGGUAAAUUGAGAGUAACCCCAUAUCAGAUAGUCAUUUUACAAAGUCAGAUCCGAUCGGUUAUUUAAAAGUUCGAGUAUUAGGUCAAACAGUUCAGUUCAGAAUAGUCCAUACCCUUCCGAUUCCAGACCUCCACGCCAAUCAACCCGUCGGACGUGCGCAUGGCCGUCGACGUGUUCGUCGCGUGCGUGGCCCGCGUCGGCGCGGACAUCGAGGCGCCGAAGUACGUGAUCAACGAGCAGUCCAUCUUCGAGGCGGUAGUCCGUCUCUGCUUCCAAGCGAUGCCAGACGUGCUCAAACGGCUGCUGCGCGCCAAACCGGAAGGCGAAAAGGUGCUCUUCUCGAAGACGGCCAUCAAAAAGUACCAAACGUACGUGCGCACGUACCUCCACGCGAUGAUCGUGUUCCUGAACGAGGUGCAAACUACCGAAGUGCUCAUCGCGACGCUCAAAGCAAUCACUCGCCUUGUCGAUCUCUACGCGCACUUUUCGAGAAUGUCCCGUCUUUUGAUCAAGGUAAAAUCCACAAAAAGUGGGGAAAACCUUGUGUGUUUUUCCAGGCGAUUGUUCGAAUUUGGAGCCGCAAAACUUUGGAAUGCCGUCUGCCGGCGUUCGUUUGCAUGAAUUUGCUCGUCAAAAACUAUCCGCAGCACUUUGUGCCGCUUUACAAGGUAUUUGGAGUGAAAGUUGAGAAAAUUGAAAGAAAUAGGCUGUUUUCGAAGGAAUGACCUAGAAAUCCACAAAAUGUGUUUUCCAGACCGCCUACGUGGCAUUUGUGGCCAACUCGAAGGUGGUGACGAACGAGACGUGGCCGCUGCUCCAAUUCAUGCACCGCACGUUCGCCGAGCUCACGAUUCUGAAUCCGGAGGCAGCGUACAAGUACGCAUUCGUCUACAUUCGUCAGACGGCCGUUCAUCUCCGCAACGCAAUGAUUGCCAAGGGACGCAAGGUUAGAAAUGACUGAAAACGUGUGGCCUAACUUUUCCUUUGCAUAAUUUCAGGACCUGAUCUUCUCGAUCUACAACUGGCAAAUGAUGCAGUGCAUGUACAUGUGGGUGCGUGUCAUCGCGAAAGCGCACUCGGUGAACGGAGCCGAGACGAUCGGAGAACUCGUCUAUCCGCUCAUUCAGGCCAUCGUCGGCAUCUUUAGGUACCUCCCAAAUUGAUGGAUUUUCUGGAAAACCCGGAAAUUUUGCAGACUUUGCAACGCGCCGACAUUCCUUCCGCUCCGUCUUCACUGCUGUCAACUGCUCAUCCAGCUGCAAGCCAGUUGCACCAAUUAUAUUCCGAUUCUGCAGCUCUCGUGUGAUGUUAGUACGGGUUUUCAAAGAGUUUCUCAAAGAUUUUAAAACUUCUCGAGUUGCUUUUGAGCUCUAAUAGCAGUUCGUAGGGGCUUCGGUGCAUUUAUAGGUUUUCCGAAAGUUCUGAAGCUUUCGGAGCAAGUCUAGAAUGAAUUGGAGCACUAUGAACCGUGGAAGAGAAAAUUUCUGAAGUGCCUUGGACAGCUUAGAAACUGUGACAGACCUGAACCCUUUUGGAAUGAAGCUUUCUGUCGACCCUAUGCUUCUUCAACACCUAUCUUCGAUCAAUUCCAUUUUCAGUGCCUGGAAGAGCUCGCCCGUGAGCUGAAAUCGAAGCCGAAGGUGGCGAAAGGAGCGGUGAAGCUGCCGGACAUGGAGUGCACACUCAAGUGCUCCUCGCAGUACGUCGACCUGCCGCAGUGGCGGAAAGUGGUGUGCGAGCACGUGUUCCGCACGAUGAUGCAGGCCGCGCAUCUGCUCGCCAGCCAGGCCGCCUUCCCCGACGUCGUUCUGCCCGUCAAUCAUCGAGUUAGUACUGUAGUCUCUCAGAAAGUCUUUUGAGCUCUAAUAGUUGUUUUGAACCUUCUACAGUAAUUCUUUAUGAAGUUAGUAGUACUACUGUAGAAGUUUAGUGCAUCAUUUCAGAUCUCGUCGAUUCUGGAGACGAUGAAAAACGGCGACUACGCUCAUUUGUUUCGCGGAUACCAGACGAAACUGAAAGAGCAUUCGCGCUUCGUCCUGGACGUUCUUGCCAGCAAACACGUGGAUUUGAACGAUGAGAUGCAAGUGGUACGUCUAUUUCCAAUUUAUCAUCGCUGUUAACCAGUUGGAGCAGAUGUUUAUGAAACAUAAAUUGUAUUAUUUUCCAGCGCGCCGUCCGUUUCGACCUCAACAAUCCGGAUUCGCCGAUCAAGACGUUCUAUCGGCAGUGGGAGAAGGUGUGGAAGAUGAAGGAGAGAAGUGCUCUCGAGAACUCGGUACGUUACGAAACAUGUGUAUUUUUGACGCGAAAAACGGUUUCACCACAGCAAAUUUGCCCAGAAAUUGUUAAAAUUAAUCAACUUUGACUAAUCAGAAUUAAUCAACUUUGAAUUCAAGUGAAAUUUGUACAUUCUAGCGCAAAAACUGAAAAAUCAGUAGUUUUUGCAGAAGAAAGACGAAAAGAAGAAGAAGAAGGAAGAGGAAUCGGCGACGAAGAAGCGGAAGGCCACUGUAGACGUGGAAGAAGAAGAAGAGGGAGAUGAAGACGUGAAGCCGGAGAUUUCGAAGGCGAAACGAAAGCGUAUAAAGAUCGGAGCGGCGGCGAAGAAGGCCGACGCGACGGUCCCCGACCAAUUCGCCGAUAUGGGCGCGUGGAGUGACGAGGAUUAA